GUGGUCGGCUCGAAGGACGGCCUUUGGCUCUCCGUGGCCAUCACGCUCACCAUGGCGCUGGUGGUCGGCAUGGCCCAGCCCUUCGUGCAGCCGCAGGUGAACGCGCUCCAGACGAGCUGCUUUACAUGCUUAGCUCUGGCGGCCGUGGGCUUUUCCUUUCGAGUUUGGCGGUGGCUUUCGCGCCUGGCGUUGGCGCUGCCCGUGCUGCAGCUGCUGCUCUCCCUGCUGCGACCCGAUUCCCAAGAAGCGCUGGCCUUGAGGCUCCAACAGGACUUGGAGAAGAAGCUCAGCGUGGCCGACUCUGCAGAGGUUUCGGCCAAACAAGCGCGGUUCCUCUAAGGCGCCGUCACCGUCCACGGCGGUCGGCCCGUUCGGGGGAACCCGGCGGCCCUGGCUGAAAUGGACAUCGAUAGCCCUUGUGCUGGCAACGUUUUCUCCAUAUGUGCGGCUCUUGAGGGUUCAGGUCUAUUCCAAGAUGCCGAUCAAUUGAGAACGUCUCACCCAGCCUGCUGCUGAUGGAGAUGCAGAAUUCAACCCUUGCAAUCGUGCAA